CGUCAUGUUGUUGUUCUGUUCCAGGAAAUAAGCAGGGGAUGUACGGAGACUAGAAAGUGCGUCAAUAACUUCAGUGGAAGAUAUAGUUUGCAUUUCAGCAUGGAAGCAGGCCUCUCCUCUGCCUAGAAGAAUGGCUUUGCACCUGGACCGCUCCUCUGCCAGCAGCACCAUGGAGACGUCCAACUUCGCUCACGUGAUCUUCCAGAACGUUGGGAAGAGCUACCUCCCCCACGCCGCCCUCGAGUGCCACUACACACUCACCCAGUUCAUCACCCCGCACCCCAAGGACUGGGUCGGCAUCUUUAAGGUGGGGUGGAGUACUGCACGGGACUACUACACCUUCCUGUGGUCUCCCAUGCCAGAGGAGCUCACUGAGGGCACGGCCAUCAACAGAUCAGUGGUGUUUCAAGGCUACUACGUUCCUAAUGACGACGGGGAGUUCUACCAGUUCUGCUAUGUGAGUCAUAAAGGGGAGAUCCGGGGCGCCAGCACGCCCUUCCUGUUCCGCAGCGGAACCCCCACGGAGGACGAGCUGCUCGCCGUCGAGGACGACGCCAACUCAGACAUCCUGGUGGUCACCACCAAGGCCAGCUACCUAGAGCAAAAGCUGGAGGAGCUGCGUGUGGAGAAGGAGGUGGUGGAGCGUGCUCUUGCGGAGGUGCAGCAGGAGAAGCUGCAGCUAGAGGGCGCUGUGGAGCAGCUGCGGCAGCAGAGCCGCGAGACCCAGCAGGAGAGAGAGCAGCUCACACACACACUCACCCAGGAGCAGCACGCCGCCACACAGCUCAGGACACAACUACAGGAGGUGGCGGAGGAGCGAGAGGAGGUGAAGAGGAGGCAGGAGGAGUCCAGCGUGCGCCUCCUGCAGCUGGAGGAGGACCUGAUUGGAGUCACCCAGAGGGGCCUGCAGAAGGAGACGCAGCUGGACAGGCGGAGUUGAAGGCGCUGCGUGAGCAGCUGCGUCAGAAGGAGGAGCAGCUUCACGCCACUCAGCAGCAGGCGGCCAUGUUGGGGGCGGAGCUUGGCGACGCGGCGAGCGCUCGCGACCGCAGCAUGUCGGAACUCUACCGCACGCGCCUGGAGGCGGAGUCACUGCGUGCGGAGGCGGAGCAACUGCGUUUGGAGGCGGGGCAACUGAGUGCGGAGGCGGGGCAACUGCGUUUGGAGGCGGGGCAACUGAGGAGGGCGCAGGACGAGUGCAGACGCCUGGAGCAGCAGCUACAGCAGCAACAACAACAACAACAACAACAACAACAACAGCAACAACAACAGCAGCAGGGCUGGAAGGACAACGACCAGCAGGAGGCGGAGGUGUGUGAGGUGGGGGCGCUGCAGGAGCUGCAGAGGGAGGUGGAGGACUUGCGUCUGCGUCUGCAGAUGGCAGCAGAACACUACAAGGACAAGUACAAGGAGUGCCAGAGACUCCAGAAACAAGUACUCAAGCAGGAGGAGAAGAGGAGCCCAGAGGCGGCCGCUACACCCCUGACCAGCAGCCCCGAGCCCUCCGUGCCCGGAAGUACCUAUGGCGGGGAGGCGGUGCUGGAUACCCUGAUCCAGAGCAAGCUGAGGACCGCGGGGCGCGACGCCGGCGACAAGAGCGACAAGAGCGACAAGUACCGCAAGAUUAAACAGCUGCUGAGUGAGGAGAAGGAGCGCAGCUGUGUGUUUGCAGACGAGCUGGCUAAGAUGGAGGUGAAAUGGAGAGAGCAGCUGAAGACCAACGACAGCCUCCGCCUACAGAUGGCCUCAGAGGAGGACCGCUAUAGGAGCCAGGUGGCUGAGAAGGGUCGUGAGUUGAAGGAUCUGAAGGACAAACUGGCUGCACUCACCCUGGAGAAGGAGAGACUGGAGGGGGAUCUUCAGCGCAGUGCCAGUCAUGAGGAGGAAGAGGCGGGCUCUGGGCAGGAAGGGGAGGAGUUAGAGGCGGCUCCAGUGUUUCUGCAGUAUCCUCUUCCAUACGAACCCUCACCACUCAUGGCCUCACACCUGCAGUAUGGAAACCCAUACACACGAGAUGGCGCAGACGGGGAUGAGUUCUCGGAUGAGAUGUUGCCACGGUUACCGCCGAUGGGCCCCCCGUCAUGGGACAGUAACGUGGUGUGCAUCCAGCCCGCACGCAACCUGAGCCGACCCGACGGCCUGGAAGAGCCCGACGCAGAGCAGAGCAGCCAGCCCAGUCCCACUGAAGAGCCCGCUGCUCCCGAGGCUCCAAGUACUCAGAUCAGUGACACACCCAUGCCCUUCUGCUUUGAGUCCAGUGGUGAGCAGAAGCGUUGUCCCCUGUGUGAGGUGAUCUUCCCCCCGCACUACGAGCAGCGACGCUUCGAGGAGCACGUGGAGAGCCACUGGAAGGUGUGUCCCAUGUGCAGUGAGCAGUUCCCGCUGGAUUGCCAGCAGCAGCUCUUUGAGAAGCACGUGCUCACACACUUCGACGCCAACGUGCUCAACUUCGACUGAGACGGACACCACAGCACACCAGCACGCCCCUGAUUGUGUGUGUGUGUGUGUGUGUGUGUGUGUGUGUGUGUGUGGGGAGGGGAGUCAGCAGUUUGCACGUGCGAGUGAGAGAGGCGAGCAUUCAGGAGAGGUCCUGUGUGUGUUUUUACAUGGAUUAAGUGUAGGUGUGUGAAGGUGUGUGUGUGAGAGAGUGAGAGUGAGUAAGUAAUGAAGUGAGUCUCUGAAGGAUAGUGUGUGUGUGUGUGGUGUGUUAAGGGGAGUGGUUAUAGGGGACAGUGUAUGUAGGUGUUCUUAUUUUGUGGGAGGUGGUGUGUGUGUGUGUGUGUGUGUGUGUGUGUCUCUCUCUCUCAUUAUAACGUCUCAUGUCUGAUCAGCCCCUCAGUCUAGAAUGAGAUUUCAGAAGAUCAGACUGUUGCCUGGCAACACUGAUAUUGAUUAUAUUAUUGUUAUUAUUAUUAUGAUUAUGAUGAUGACUAUUAUUCUUAUGGAGCUUUCACCUUCUUUCAGUCACCUAAACUUCCUCUUUUGGCUUUGUGUGUCAUGUCACAUGAUAUCAUUACUCCACUCUGAUUGGAUGUCCAGGUAGCAUAAUAUUCUUCUGCAGCCUAUAGGAGUCCAGCCUCAUAUUUUGCCAGCCAAUCGGAUACUCAGCUCAGGCUCCUCUGCUCCAAUCAGGUAGCGCGUGUUUUGUAGUGCGUGCGGGGGGCGGGUCUUAUUCUCACUCUUCAGCUUGAUUGGCUGGUGUCUUAUUUGAAAGCAGCUGGCGUUAGCUGUGUGCAUGUCAGUUAGGUUCUUUUGCCUGUUGCAGGUGUGUAUUACCUGCCCAUCACUGUGUGUUCCUGCGUCUGGACUCGGAGUGUGUGUGUGUGCGAUGGCUUGCACGCGUACACGAGUGUGUGUGUGUGUGUGUGUGUGUGUGUGUGUCUGUAAUUAUCCUUUACUUAUGAUAACAAUAAAGAGUGUGGACAUAGACUGCA